AUGGUUCGAGAAAAUUCGGAUGUACGUUAGAUCUUUUUCAAAUGUGUUUUCGUUAAAAAAUAAAUGUCAGUUUUACCUUAAUAUAUUUUACAGUAAACAUUUAUGUAUUGAAUUUCGUACAAAGCAAAUAUGGCCGCCUCCUUCGCUGUAUCCUUGGCCGCCGGAUCCACUUCCGUAUUUGGGCUGGUCGGGGAAUUGCGCUUCGCCUUCGUAUGAGACCUGAUAUCAAAAACUAAAGUAAAUGAAGAUGCUCUCAAACUACUUUUGUGCCGUGGUUCCGAAAUAUUUGGGAAUCUCCGAUGCUGAAUAUGGCUCUAUAGAGUUGAAUCAUUACCAGAAAAAAAAAGAUUUACAUACAGCUAAACAGCCCCUGUCUUAUAAAAUGAAUAAACGCCCCUCGUCAACCCGCUGUACUACAGACAAAGCAAUCAAACUGAACGCGAAUGAUGUCCCAGAUGACAAUAAGGUUGAAGACAUGGGAGAUGCACUGGAGCCAGUUAAAGAUAUGAAAUAUGUAAAAUCAACAAAAAAAUACAUGAAGCCCGACUCUGGACAGAAUCCAUUUUACGUAGAUGAUGAAUAGAGAUAAAAUGUAUUUAAAAAUAUAUAA